GCUUGUAUUUGGGUAUCUGAUUGAGAAUUACUCAGUUUAUUGAUUUGUAGUGAGUAUUAUGUUCAACUUUAUUGAAAAUAUUCAAUGUGUUUGUACGAAUAUCAUUUGGGGAUUUUAUUAGUUUGCUGUUAAAUUUGAAUUUUGCAUAUUUGUUGAGAAAUUGGGGGUUUCUCCCUCAACUUCUUUUUGGGUAUAAUCCUAAAAUUUCUAGUUAUUAUUUAAGUUUAUAGAACUUAAAGUGAAUGAAAAAAAAAACACUAGGUGACUUUUUUUUUUUUACAUCUGUCAUAGCCUUGUUGGAUGGAGUGGACAGAGGUACUACCCGACACUGUUUUGGACAGCAUAAGGCAGACACGGGUUGAUGAGUUGCUCGCCUUUUUGAAGUGUGGCGCCAAUUAAUCCCAAAAAAUUAAAAUAUUUAAUUGCAUAUAUAAAUAAUCAAGAUUUCAAUAGCUAACAUAUUAGCAAAUAUUUCAAUUCAAAAACUGAAAAUAGAUAGUAGACACCAAAAGUCUAGAACUUGAGUGAGAAAAAACAGUAAAAAAGUCAAAAUAGUGAGAAGAAAAACAGAGGUAGAAGUAACUCUGAAGAAGAAGAAGGAAAAAGAAACUCAGGAAGAAGAAAUACGUUUUGGUUGGACUUUGGAGUCGCUAGAAAAGUCAGUUUGGUCGCCGGAGAAGUCUAGUCGAGUCAACUGAUUGGAAUCGUACUCAUAGUUGCAGUCUAAGUCUAAGAGUGCAACGGUGCAAAUUUGGAAAGAAAACCCUAAAAUUACCUUUUAACUUUUAAAACUCUAAAUUGGUCGCCUUUUUUUAAGAAAAUACAAAAGGUGAUGCCUUUCUUGCCCCUCGCUGUUUUCACCAUGGCGUCGCCUUUUGAAGAUCGCGUCGCCAUAAAGCUAAUAGGCGAUGAAGGGUCGCCUCGCCUCUCGCCAUUGCCAAUCACAACAUUGCUACCCGGUGCCUAUUGCUAGUUGGAGGUGACAGAUAUCCUGUGGAAUUAGUCUAGGAUGAAACUAUUGUAUCUCUUGAAAAUAUUGUUUGGUAGCUUCUUUUCUCUCUACCUCUUAAAAAUACAUUCUUCUUUAUCUUUACAAGUGUUUGCCCUUGAAAGUGAGGGUCUGUGUGAAAUAUUGUGCUUUUGUAUUAUAUGGUAGUAGAUCUUUUGUCUUAUGGUUGAGUAGGGGUGUUUUUAUUUGACUUUUUUCUUUUUUUGGAUGUAUUAUGUGUUUAGGGUCAUGAAAUACGAGGAACAAUGCAAUGCCAAUCUUACUUUUUUCAACUAGUUUGAUCACGGAUAGAAUUUGGGUCACUAGCAAAUGUUUUGUACAUCCUCCCUUCAGUGACAUAAAGGGGACCUGUUUUCAAGUUCCUGCUGUUUUUAACCGUAGUGCUGAUUUUCUUUCAAUGUAUAAGACCAGAGAUGGUGCUUUUUAACUUUAUAUUUCUCUUUUUGUUUCCCUCUUGUUCUUUUGUUUUUCUCUCUAAUGGGAUUUCAUGACUUUAUUCUUUAGAUAUUUAAUUGCUAUCAGUUAUACAACAGAAAACUUCAAAUAGUUACUUUGUUAAAUUUUGAGAAAGCUUCAUGAUUUAGAAACUAAAAAAGAAAUUGAGAAUGCCUUCUUUGUUUUUGAGUAGUCUGAAAUGGACAUUACUUGGUUCCAGAUGUGCAGUUGCCAGUUUAUUGAAUGCUUUUUGUUAACCAGGGUGGAUACUAAGAUAGAUACAUUAAGCACCAGUCUGGAAAUUCUGUUGUUAUGCAGAAUUUAGAAUAUUAUCACUACUCUCAAGUAUUUAAUGAAUCUGUUCAUCAUGUUGUUCACUGUAAAAAAAUCUGUAUCACAAGCGUCAAUAGGCUCGCCAUAAAGAUGGUUCUAAUUUAUUGGUCUGUAGUAUGUAUAUCAUUUUGCCUAUUUCUGAUUAUCCAAAGAAUUUUUGAUUAGAUGAAAGGUAGUAUUAGUUAUCAGGUUUAUUUCGAUCAAUAACAGCCUUGAAUGCUAUAGUAACUAAUUCAAUCGUAACAUGCUUCUCCUGCCUUUUUUCCCCCUUAUCUAGCCUCUUUGAUUGCAUGUGCACUUGUUUGGGAAUUUGAAAAUAUGUUUGGGCUCUAUGCUGGUUUGACAUAUCACAGUUUGUUGUUUUUACUAUUAUGUGCCUUUAACUGAAGUGACAGGAUAUAGUUUGUCAAUGGAGUAUGACAACGGAGAGAAUGCUUUUAUUAGUGUUCCGGCUCCUGAAUUUGGUGCAAUUUUUAUGUCAAACAUUGCAACAAAGAGAAGCUGCUUUAAACAUAAGGUCUUUGGCCUUCCAUCAUCCAUGACUAAUUUUGUGAAGGAGGUCAAAAAAGGAAUGAUCCUGUUCCUAUUUGAAUAUGAAAGGAGACAACUUUUUGGAGUGUAUCGGGCUAUCUCAGAUGGAGGAAUGAACAUCGUACCCCAUGCAUUUAGUUCUUCAGGGAAGCAGUUUUCUGCGCAGGUCCGAUUUGUGCCGAUUUGGUAUUGUAGUCCACUAUCUGAAGAUGAGUUCCGUGAUGCCAUUAGGGAGAACUAUUUUUCAGCAAGGAAGUUCCACUUUGGUUUGUCUGAUGAGCAGGUUCAUAGGCUUCUUAGGUUGUUUAGUUCAAGAAAGUUAAAGAACAAGUUACCCCUGAGAAAGCUCACAACUGGAGUGAGCAAUGGAAUUGACGAAGACCAUAUAAUGGUCAAUAACAAAUCCUAUACAGCAAGUGGUGGCUUUGAUAUCAAAUGUUCUAAUGCUGAUUUAAGGUGUUCCCUGUCAAGAGGAUAUCCAAGGUCAUUCCAUGGAGUAAAAAGAGUCGCUAAUGACGUGUUUUCAAUUGAGCAUAGAGAGAAGGAUGAAGAUAUAGUUGAUUCUGCUGAACAUCUCUACUAUAAUGAUAAGAAGAGAAGAAUAGGUUAUGAUGAAGCAUUAUUGAGGGAUAAUGCUGCAGAAGAUAAGCUUCAUGUCCACUCCCUCACUGAAGAAUUGGGAUUUUCUGGAGAUGAUGAGUGGUCCUCUUUGAAUGGCAGGGUAAAGAGGGAGCAUAAAAUCAACACGAAUUAUACUCCUGCCCUCUCCAACUACAUGGAAGAUUCUGACCUGAGAAGAACAGUUCAUGAUGCAAAUUUAGUGGUAAGAAAUCAGAUAGUAAAGGAAAAUAUCAUGGAUGGUAAUUUUGGUCUGGGCAGAUCAAAUGAGCACAAUGGAAAGCCUUCAGACAAUGAUAGAACUAGACUUGGUACUCAUUAUGCAGGUUUUCUAAGGAACAAUCAUGUGGAUAAAGCACAUAGCAUGGAUAAUUCUCACGAGCCUUCUCUUUCCAGGAAGAAUAAAAGUGAUCCCUUUUGGAAUAUUGGAACUGCAAGUGAUGAUUGGCCAAGUUCCUUGGAUGAUAGAGUAGGAGGAAAAAAGAGCCAUUUGGACCCUGAUAUUAAUUCUACAAUUGUGUCUGAACGCUUUGUGAACUCACCAUACAAUAAAAAAGGAAUUCGUAAAGAUGGCAGAUUAUUCAGAAGAGAUAUAAGCGGAAAUGAAUCUAAGUUUCGUACAGGUCACAGAAGAGAAUUUGAUCAUCAAGAGGCCACUGAUGAUGAUGUAAGCUUCCUUUCUAGGCGUAAAGGAGCAAAUGAAAAAUGUGUUGACAGAUUUCUUAUCCCAGCUGCUUCAAAUGGGAACUCCGCCUAUGCCGGAGAUGUAGGUAGACAAAUGGCUGAAGUUGGUACUUAUCCAAUGCAUGAUUUUGAUGGGUUGGUCCCUGGUACAGAAAACUUUCAGAGGCCUCUCAGUGAGCCUGAUUGCACUGUGUACUCUCCUAUGAAGAAAAGAACCUCAGGGUACUCCACCAAGUUUCUUGCUGAAACAGAAUUUCCUCCGUCAACAGAAGGACAAAAUCUUGGUCCCUCGUACUCUAAAUUCCAUGAUGCAACAAUUACAAGAGUCAUGCCGUACAAGGAUGAGCUACCCAAUUCUUGUUAUGGACAUACUGAGACUUACGAAGUUGAACAGGGUUCAAACUUUGUGCGAAGGCCACCUUCUUCCAAUGUUUAUAGAGAGAAUAACUUUGCAUCAUCUAAAGGUAUAUCUUCUCCAUAUUCCCAUCCCGAAUUUACAAAGAGGGGCCUGGAAUCAGCUUCUGAAGGUGGAAAAAUGGUUCUGCUUUCGCACGAUGGGUUCAUCGCUCCACCUUUAAACGUUGGAAUAUCUGAGUCAGUGGAACCAAAUAGGUCUGGUUCUUUCGGUUAUAGAACUGCUUUCACUCCAAGGGCAUCUAUUGUUCCACAGUUAACUAGAAAUGAUAUUAAUGAGGGUGAAACCUGGAGAUUUUCAUCUCAAGCUGCCCUUGGUUCAAUUGUUAGAAAUUCCUUUUCUGGUAAUUAUCAAUGUGCUGAUGAGGAGCUAGGUGAUGGGCAUGUUAUAUGGCAAGGGAGUGAUGCAACUCAUGUUGGAAGAAGAUCUCGCUCUCCUAACAUUAGUUGGUUACUCCAAGGAAAUGUUUUGACAAAUCUUGACUAUACCAACAGACCUGGAGCAGACAUCGUUAAUGAUGAAUACGAGAACAAUAGAUUAACGGAUGUUGUACAUUCUGAUUCCAGAAAUUCCAGAAAAAGUGUUUUUAGUCGCUUAUCUUUGGCUCCUAAAGUACGUAAGCUAAGAGAACAAGAGGUUGAUCAUAGUAUGAGCUUUGAUGAACAUUAUGUGGAUACAACAGUUGAUGAAAUCAUGGACUUGUUAUACGAGGAUCAGAACAUUGUACCAAAAAAGCCAUUGAAUCGCAAACCAUUUAUUCGAAAAGUUGGAGGUGGUGAAACUAAUAGGUCAGGAAAACAUGCUGCAGUUGUCAAGAAUGAUGCAGAGCAGUCUGGUGAUUCAAUGACGAGAGUUCUCAGAGAAAGUGCAAAUGAAGUUCUUGAAGAAACCAUGAACCAUAUUCUCGCAGAGACCAGAAUGGUGGAUUUCAAGCGCAGGAGGGAGACAAAUCGAGCUUCAGAACAGACUAAUGUUAAAUUAAACAAAGAAGAAAGAACAAAUGCUAAUGAUGAGUACACAGUCCUUCAGAAUGCACAAGGAAACAGUUCUCAAACUGCAAUGGCUAAGGAUUCAGCCGAUAAGCCAUUCAAGCGUAGAAAGCUUGUUCGUCCAGCAUUUGAUGAGAACAACUGUAGGAGUGAUUUGAAUCACCAACUUCCUUGUCAGACACUUGGCCCAGAUUCGAGCAAAUUUCAGCCUGCUCUCUAAUAAUUUACUAUUUCUGUGAACAACAAAAUGAUCCCUCCAUAGUCAUCAAGUUCUCCAACAUGCUAACUCAAGGGGCAGUUUGCAUAGAUGGAAGCUUGAUAUAUGAUUAUGACGAGGCUGAACAAAGGCAGCGCCGUGAUUGUAUAUGCUAAAAUCUUGUAGCGUAUGACUCUUUUCAGAUCUCAUGUCGAUCUGCACCUCAAGUUUUGGCGUGGAAGUUGUAUUUUGUUAUGCAAAUGAACAAAUAUACCCCUCGUGUAAAUUUGAUAUUUGCUUCCAUCAUUUUGUUCCGCAUAAUAACAUCUUAUUUUAGUUGUUCUUUUCUUUUCUAUUAAAGCCAUUUUCGUCCAUAAAGAGUUUACUGCUAUAUUUAGAGUUAUGUUGUAAGUACUCGUUCG